AUGGAUGCCGUCCUUCGUCAGUCCAAGGCCAUGUGCCCUUUUAUGAAGACGGCCACGCCUGCCACUCUGCGUGCCCUGUCCACCUCGACUCGUGCCCUUCCGGCUCCCGCCUCUCCAUGCGGCGGCACCAUGUCCAAGCUUCAGUUGCUUGGCCAGCGAUGCCCUGUCAUGGGAAAGGCCAUGGCCGUUCAGACCGCCAAGAGUCGCGCUGCUGGUUCUGUUCGUGCUUUCUCUGGCCACUCUAAGACUGGCAAGGCCAAAAUUCACACCACCCGCAACAAAGAGGCUCGCGCCGUCGACCGCCCGCUCUUUGACGGCCGUGACAAUGCUCCCGCGCCUCCUGGUGUUCACGCAACCCGAAAGCCUACUUCUGCUUCUCCGACCGCUGCCGCCGCCGCCGCUGGCUUCCACUCUCCUGGUAAAUUCGAUUACGAAGGAUUCUACAAUGCCGAGCUCGAGAAGAAACACAAGGACAAAUCAUACCGCUAUUUCAACAACAUCAACCGUUUGGCUAAGGAGUUUCCCCGUGCGCAUAUGUCCGACAAGGAGGAUCGAGUAACUGUGUGGUGCGCCAACGAUUAUCUAGGCAUGGGCCGCAACCCUCAUGUCCUCCGAAAGAUGCAUGAAACAUUGGAGGAGUAUGGUGCUGGCGCUGGUGGAACUCGAAACAUCUCUGGCCACAACAGGCACGCAGUUGAGCUCGAGAGCACCUUGGCAAAGCUGCACGCUAAGGAGGGUGCUCUUGUCUUCAGUUCCUGCUAUGUCGCCAAUGAUGCGACUCUCGCGACGCUCGGCAGUAAGAUGCCCGAUUGUGUUAUUCUCUCCGACAGCCUGAACCACGCAUCCAUGAUUCAGGGCAUUCGCCAUUCCGGCACCAAAAAGAUCGUCUUCAAGCAUAACGAUGUGCAAGAUCUCGAGGCUAAGCUGGCAUCACUUCCUCUGUAUGUGCCCAAGAUCAUCGCCUUCGAGUCAGUCUAUAGCAUGUGCGGCUCUAUUGGUCCUAUCGAGGAGAUCUGUGAUCUUGCAGACAGGUACGGUGCCAUUACUUUCCUCGACGAGGUGCAUGCCGUUGGUAUGUACGGACCUCACGGUGCUGGUGUCGCUGAGCACCUUGACUGGGAGGCACACGCCAAUGGUGCCCCUCGCGGAACCAUCAUGGACCGAAUUGACAUUAUUACUGGCACUCUGGGCAAAGCUUAUGGUUGCGUUGGUGGCUACAUCGCAGGCAGCGCCAAAUUCAUUGAUAUGAUCCGGUCACUGGCCCCUGGGUUCAUUUUCACUACUUCUCUUCCCCCUGCCACAAUGGCCGGUGCUCAGGCUUCCAUCGAGUACCAGAUGGGCUUUGAUGGUGAUCGACGACUCCAGCAGCUACACACUCGCGCUGUCAAGGAAGCUAUGAAUGCUCGGGACAUUCCCGUGAUCCCCAACCCUUCUCACAUUGUACCUAUCCUUGUUGGCAACGCCGAAACUGCAAAGGAGGCCUCCGACAUGCUCCUCAAUGACUACGGAAUCUACGUCCAGGCUAUCAAUUACCCUACGGUUCCCGUUGGCCAGGAGCGGCUCCGCGUAACCCCAACUCCCGGACACAUCAAGGAGUACCGCGACCAGCUUGUUGAGGCUAUCGAUGAGAUCUGGACUCGUCUCGACAUCAAGCGAACCUCUGAUUGGGCUGCUGAGGGCGGCUUCAUUGGUGUUGGCGAGCAGGAUAAUGUGCAGGAGCCUCUAUGGACUGAUAAGCAGCUCAACAUUGAGCAGGCCACCAAGGAGAUUAAAGCUACCGGUCAAGCUGCCAACGGCGUUACCGAAGCUCUUCUCGAGCUUGAGAUCAAGCAGACUUCUCAGGCUGCUACUGUUGCUUGA